CCGUCCCGUCCCGUCCAGCAGGGCUCGCAUGUUACCCUCACGCCGUUAAUCGUCAUCAACUGGCCACAAAAAGGAAGCUGGCGGAGGCGAGCACGCGCACCGUGACUCGGCCGGAAUAGAAAACUCCACUCCCGAUCCCACCCCGCGGAUUCCCCGAGCCUCACUCCGCUCCGCCUCCACCCCUUGGCCGCCCUGCCCAAUUCCGCUGUCUGCUCUCCAAGCCCGAAUGGCGGCGGAGGCCCGGGCCGAGGGCUCCGGGCCGCCCGCGCCCCCUCCGCUGCCCGUCCCCGAGAAGCGCCCGGCCCCGGUAGACGGCCGGGAGGAGGAGCGGCCCGGGACGAAGCGGCGCCGCGCGAGCGUCGCGGCGCUCGACGGCGUGCCCUGCGCCGCGGCCAAGGGCGCGGACGGCGAGGCGGACGGGAACCGUGACGGCGGCUCGUCCUUCUCCUUCCAGCACUCGCGCGGCGGUUUCGUGGCGCUGGAGACGACGCCCAAGUUCGGGUCAUUCAACCCGCCGGUGGCCGCCGAGCAGGAGGCCCUCCACCCGGAAGAUUCACCGGUUGUGAAGGAGGAGGGGGAUACGGCCUCGGCCACCGGAGUUGAGGUUGGCAAAGACGGAAGUUCGCAGUCAGUGGCGGCGGUGGACGAUCAGGGCCGUCGCCAUCCGGGAAGACAAACUGAAUCGGAACGAUGACUCUCUGGAUUUGAUUAGUUUCUUCUCCGCAGCCCGGUUUAGAUUUCAAGGGCGUCAAUGUUGUUCUCUUCCUUCCUACUAGAUCAUGUGAUAGUUUCAGUUGAAGGGAAUGUAUGUCAAAGCUUUGUUUUCUUAUGGAAUGGAGGAUUGGAAGUCAACGUUGAUUCCUGUGUAGAACCAAA